CUUUUCUCUAUGGUUUCUUUCUGUCAAAAUUUUGCCGACAGCCACAUGUCACGUUGAAUUAUUCUAAUUUACUUUCUUUCCCUGAAUUCGCCAUUAAAUUAAACCUCAAAGAUGAAACCUCUAAUGCUUCAAGGGCACGAGCGUGCCAUCACGCAAAUUAAAUACAACAGGGAGGGAGAUUUACUAUUCUCUGCAGCGAAAGAUUCCAAACCUAACGUGUGGUGGUCCCUAAAUGGUGAGCGUCUGGGUACUUUCAAUGGCCACGGAGGAGUAGUGUGGUGUCUCGACGUGGACUGGCAAACUAUCAACCUAAUUACUGGUGGAGGCGAUAGUUCUUGCAGAUUGUGGGAUUUGGAAACUGGUAAAAACAUAGCCACGGUAAAGACGAAUUCCUCAGUAAGAACAUGCAAUUUUAGCUUUAGUGCAUAUCAAGCUGCAUACACCACAGAUAAGGCUAUGGGACAUCCUUGUGAGGUCUCCAUUAUCGAUACAAGAACGAUUGAUGAAUCAAUUUCGACACAGUCUCCCAUAUUAAAAUGGGAAAUCACCGAUUCCAAAGUUACUUCUAUGGUUUGGGGCACUCUAGAUGAAACCAUCAUCACAGGACAUGAAGCAGGAGAUCUGAUCCAAUGGGACCUAAGAACUGGCAAGAAAGUGCAUUCUGUCAAAGAACACACUCACCAGAUUAAUGACAUGCAACUGUCUCGAGAUGGAACCAUGUUCAUUACUGCAUCAAAGGAUCAAACUGCCAAGCUAUUUGACACCAGUUCAUUGGAACUUCUCAAAGAGUACAAAACAGAACGUCCUGUCAACUCUGCAGCCCUCAGCCCGAUUUUAGAUCAUGUAGUUCUUGGUGGUGGGCAAGAUGCUAUGGAAGUCACAACAACUUCAACCAGGCAGGGCAAGUUUGAUGCUCGUUUCUUCCAUUUAGUAUUUGAAGAGGAAUUUGGACGUGUCAAAGGUCAUUUUGGCCCCAUUAACAGUUUGGCAUUCCAUCCUGAUGGGAAAAGUUAUGCAUCUGGUGGUGAGGAUGGCUAUGUUCGUGUUCAGAGUUUCGAUCAGUCCUACUUUGACUACACAUUUGAUUACAACAGGGAUUGAAACAAGAAAUAAAAUAAAUACUAUUAAGUCUUGGUUCCAUGUACAGAUUGGAUGCUAGAGUCAUCGUGGUUAGUGGAUUUCUUAAAAGGUUAACAGUAAAGACAUCUUGAAUUAAACAAGUAUUUAGUAUUAUAAAGUGAUAUAGAAAUAUUUUACAUAAACAACAAUUAAUACCAUAUUAAUAUUGCUUUGUUGACUCUAGCACUAAAGUUGUAAUUUUUAAUAAAAUAUCAAUUAAAUGACA